AUGGCCGACCCGACUCCUCACCAGGUUACAGAAGGUCACUUGCGGCCGCGUCUGAGCAAGUUGACUAUGGUUGCAAUGACGUUUGCUAUUCUCAACACUUGGAUCGCGUUAGGUGGCACAAUUGGCAUCGUCAUGCCAUCCGGGGGCCCAGUCGCGCUCUUGUACGGCUUCAUCUUCUGUGUUGCUUGCAACUUUGCUCUGGCGUUUAGCCUGGGCGAGCUAGCAGCUAUCUGGCCAACAGCAGGCGGACAGUAUCAUUUCGUAUAUGCUCUCAGCAGUGAGCGAUGGAAGAGGUUUCUGAGUCUAUGCGCAGGAUGGAUCAAUAUUGCCGGUUGGCUCACCUUGGUAACGACCGAAGCGAUCUUUUCCGGUGAGUCUUCCUUACCAGACAAGUAUUUGGACCGUUUCCCUGACUGA